AAUAACACAAUAUAAGAGUUUCUUAAAUGAUAUUAUAGUUGAUCAAAAUGACAAGUGUUCGAAAAAUCUGUUGUAUCGGAGCCGGCUACGUUGGUGGACCUACGUGUAGCGUUAUUGCUCUGAAGUGCCCGGAAAUUCAAGUAACUGUUAUCGAUAAGAGCAAGGAGAGGAUAGCGCAAUGGAAUUCGCAGAAAUUACCGAUAUACGAGCCAGGCUUGGAUGAAGUAGUGCAAAAAUGUCGUGGGAAAAAUUUAUUUUUCUCUACCGAUACCAAAACAGCAAUUAAAGAAGCCGAUCUGAUAUUCAUUUCGGUGAACACGCCGACGAAAACUUUCGGCAACGGUAAGGGAAGAGCGGCGGACUUAAAAUAUGUGGAAAGCGCUGCAAGAAUGAUCGCGGAAGUUGCAACGGGAGAUAAGAUUGUCGUGGAAAAGAGUACUGUACCAAUAAGAGCGGCCGAAAGUAUCAUGAACAUUCUUCGCGCUAAUCACAAGCCAGGUGUAUCAUAUCAGAUUCUUUCCAAUCCGGAAUUUCUGGCUGAAGGAACAGCUAUAGAAGAUCUUGUAAACGCGGAUCGAGUACUGAUUGGAGGACAAGACUCGCCAGAAGGACAAGCGGCUAUCGAAGAACUUUGCAAAAUUUACGAACAUUGGAUUCCAAGAGAAAAUAUUUUAACUACUAAUAUAUGGAGUUCAGAACUGUCGAAGCUGGCAGCAAAUGCUUUCUUGGCACAACGAAUAUCUAGCAUAAAAUUCCCUUUAUCUACCCAAAUAUGCGAAUUGUUGGACGAAGGUGCCGUUCUUCACAUUUAUGAUCCCAAGGUUGAAGAAACUCAGAUCAUUCAAGACUUGACUCAUCCAACCGUAACGAAUAAUCCUGAAAAUGUAAAAAGUCGAAUUAGUAUUUAUAAAAAUGCUUAUAGUGCCACAAAGAAUACACACGCGAUAGUUUUAUGUACGGAAUGGGAUGAGUUUAUCGAAUUGGAUUACACGCAAAUUUACGCAGAUAUGAUGAAGCCAGCGUAUAUUUUCGAUGGCAGAAAAAUUUUAAAUCAUGAUCGAUUACAAAGGAUCGGUUUCGUUGUUCAAACUAUUGGUAAAAAGCUCAUAAGAUCCGCAAUUUCGAGAGCAUGGGGUAGCCAGACGCAAGCUUAAGAAAUGGACCAAACUAUAAGCAAUACUUCCAAUUUGAUAAAAAGUAUCAAUGAUUAUCGCAAGAAUUUUGUUGAAUUAAUCGAAACAUUUGAUCGAAACAUUAGUAUGUAUGUAAGAUGUUCAAUUUUACUAUUUUAACGAAUAGAUACGUUUAUCUCCUAAUAGACGUAUCGAUACAGACUGUGCAUCGUAAUGCAGAUUUGAUUAC